AAUAGAAUCAUAGCAGAAAAGGAAAUUUAACUCAUGACUUGAAGCAGCCAAUCAGAUAAAAGCUUCUGGAACAGAAAACUCAGUGCUUUCAUCAUCUGGUUACUUUUCAGCAGCUCCACCUUGAGGGUGCUUCCCUGUCUAAAGAUGACGCCUCUGUGGAUUCUUGUCUUAUCUCUUAACAUAAGAACCCAAGCUGUGGAUUUUUCCAGACCAUCGUUUCUCUCUGCCAAACCUGGAGAACGUGUUACUCUUAAUUGCUCAUUGGGACAUUUUAAAUCUUCUGAAAGUGUUUUCUGGUACAAACAAAUAUUUGGAGAAAUACCUCAAGAAAUAGGAAAAAGAUUAGCGUAUAAGCACAUCAACGGUUUGACCGAGUUUAAAACGUCAGGAUUUGUAAUGGAGAAAAAGGAUCAGAACUUUUUUCUGAUAAUUCCACAUAUAAAAGACAAAGACGAAGGACUUUACUACUGUGGAAAAAGUUUCAUGGACGAUUUUUUAUUAUCCAGUGGAACGUUCUUGGCUGUAACAGGUGACAGAGAUGCAAAAGUCUCAGUGUUUCAGCACGGCCUGUGGGACUCGGUCCGGUGUGAGAGCGACUCUUCUACACACACCUGUGUGUACAAGUUCUCCAAGAACAUCCUCAGCCUCAAUGAUACUGGAACUUACUACUGCGCUGUGUCCCUGUGUGGGAAGAUCAUCUUUGGAAACGGGACACCGGUACAGAUGGUAAAAUCUACAGAUCCUGUAGUGAUCUACCUCGCUGUAGCUUUGGGAGUGUGUGUGCUUGUGAUCGUUGCUCAUAUCGCAACCUGUAAAGGGAAAUCUCAAGAAUGUAAAGUAAAGAAAACAGAGAAUAAGAGCCGUGAUGCUGGGGAGCUGAAUUAUGUUGCCUCACUGAUUAAUAAAAAGACAGGAAAGACAGAACGAGCUCAGGAUAAUGUUUAUACUGAAGUGAUUUACUCUUCUGUGUCUUAGAUAAUAGAUGACAUUCGUUUUCUCAUGUUAAGUGCUCUCAUAUGUGUAGUCUUCAUUUCCUGAUA